UUAUGUAACCGAUCGAUUACAGUAGCGCAGCGUGGUAUUUAGGCUUCUUAAGAAGAAGACAGAUCGUAAGUGGUAACUACUUGGCAACGACGCGACGCAAAGCAUUGGAGUGAGUGACAUCAACGUAGCUCUCUCUCCAUUGCGCCACCGAAUACGAGACGCUGUCCCUUCUCCUCUCAAAUCUUAAUCGCCAUGGCGUCACGGGACAACAAGAAGCAAUCCAAGGCCUCCAGUAGCCGAGCAGGCCGAAUCCGCACGCUCUCCGAUCUGAAUCGUCCCUCCGCCGACUCCGACAGCGACUCCGAUGGCCCCCAGGAGUACUACACCGGCGGGGAGAAGAGUGGAAUGCUUGUCCAGGAUCCUUCAAAGGGAAAUGAUGUGGAUGCAAUUUUCAAUCAAGCUAGGCAACUUGGUGCUGUUGAAAGGCCUCUUGAUCAGCUUCAGGAGCCUCCAAGGUCAACUAGCUUUGCUGGAACUGGCAGGUUACUCUCGGGGGAAACUACACAAUCUACUAACCAGCAACCUGAGGCAGUUGUUCACAACAUUAUUUUCUGGAGUAAUGGUUUCACUGUAAAUGAUGGACCUCUGAGGAGAUUGGACGAUCCUGAAAAUGCCUCAUUUUUAGAGAGCAUAAAAAAAUCUGAGUGUCCCAAAGAACUUGAACCUGCAGAUAGGAGGUCAUCUGUUAAUGUUAACCUCAUAAGGAGGAAUGAGAACUGUCCCGAACCCGAAAAGCAGCAUGUUCCAUUUCAGGGAGUGGGAAGAACUCUUGGAAGCAGCUCUUCAUCAAUGACUCCUGAUCCAACUGUUGCCUCAACACCUCUCAAUGCAGCGCCAACUCCUUCUGCUGGCCUGGUAGUUGAUCAAUCAUUGCCAUCAACAUCAAUACAACUCAGGUUGGCUGAUGGAACCCGCUUGAUAUCACAUUUUAAUAAUCACCACACUAUCCGCGACAUCCGUGCCUUCAUUGAUGCAUCUAGACCUGGGGGCCGACAGGCUUAUCAACUUCAGCUGAUGGGUUUCCCCCCAAAGGUUCUAGCUGAUGAAACUCAGACUAUAGAGCAGGCAGGACUAGCAAAUUCAGUUGUGAUACAGAAAUUCUAGCAACAUGCUACAUCAUGCCAUUAGUCUUUGCUGGCUAAAUGCUGCAUUGAAGGGAACCAGUUUUAUUGGGGGCUUCUGGACGUGAGGUACUGUUAUUUACAAAAACAGAUAGGAAAACCCCAAUGUUGCGGGGGACAUUUUCUUUUAAUUGCUCAAAGUUUACCAAGUAAUCUAUUUGCUUUAAGACCAGUUGGAUGGUUUAGCUUUGGACCUAAUUCUUUAUCUUAUGAUGAUUGUGUUGUGUCCACUUUCUAGCCGGGCCUUGUGACUGAACUUGAUAUUAUAUGGAACACUUCACUGAAAUGUCAGAUAACCUUCAGUCACACGUCAGUUUUUGAAUAUGUUAAACCAACUACCAAGUGUGGUUAUAUUA